AUGGAGGAGAAGCCUUUCAAAGUGUCGGUCAAGCCUCCGGAGCGCCGGAGCUCCGGCCAGGCGAGCCCUCACGACAUCCGGAACCUGUGGACCACGGCCACGCUGUCGCAGUCGCAGCUGAACCUGCCGCUGGCCGAGCUCUGCGAGAGCUUCGAAGAGGAGGGCGGAGCCGUGCGCCACGCGGCGGCCGCCUGGCACAGCCCGGAGAGCCGGUGGGAGCUGGGCGAGCAGGGGGCCGCCCUGGCCGACGGGGCCAGCGUCGAGUCGGGGGCGCUGGACGCGGAGCUGCGCCGCGAGAGCUCCCUGGAAAGCUGCUUGGAGGAGGGCGACGACGAGUCCAAGACCACGACGGAGUCUUCAUUGGUGUCCGUGCUACGGGUCUCCAAGCACACCCCCCACCGAGCCUACUGGACAGAGCAGCAGAACAGGCUGCCGCUGCCCCUGAUGGGACUCAUGGAGAACGAAGCCCUGGAGAUCCUCACCAAGGCCCUGCACAGCUACCGGCGGGAGAUCGGCAGGGGGCACUUCCUGACCAAGGAGCUGAGGCGAUACAUCGAAGGGCUCAAGAGGCGCCGGGGCAAGAGGUUCCAGGUCUCGGCGAACUGAGACA